CGCCGGGCGGCCCGCGCGACGGCGGCGGCGGCGGCGGCAGCGGCGGCGGCCGGGACUAAGCGGCGGCGGCGGCGCCGGCGGCGGCGCGGGGCGCUGGGGCUGAUGGCAGCGGCCGGGCCCGGGGCGGCGCUGUCCCCGCGGCGGUGCGACAGCGACCCGGCCUCCCCCGGAGCGCAGUCCCCGAAGGAUGAUAAUGAAGAUAAUUCAAAUGAUGGGACCCAUCCAUCUAAAAGGAGGCGAAUGGGCUCAGGAGAUAGCUCCAGAAGUUGUGAGACUUCAAGUCAGGAUCUCAGCUUUAGUUACUACCCAGCAGAAAACUUAAUAGAGUACAAAUGGCCACCUGAUGAGACAGGAGAGUACUAUAUGCUUCAGGAGCAAGUCAGCGAAUAUCUGGGUGUGACCUCCUUCAAGCGGAAAUAUCCAGAUUUAGAGCGACGAGAUUUAUCUCACAAGGAGAAACUCUACCUGAGAGAAUUAAACGUCAUUACGGAGACACAGUGUACACUAGGUUUAACAGCAUUGCGCAGUGAUGAAGUGAUUGAUCUAAUGAUUAAAGAAUAUCCAGCUAAACAUGCUGAAUAUUCUGUUAUUCUACAAGAAAAGGAACGUCAGAGAAUUACAGACCAUUAUAAAGAGUAUUCUCAAAUGCAACAACAGAAUACUCAGAAAGUCGAAGCCAGCAAAGUGCCUGAGUACAUUAAGAAAGCUGCCAAGAAAGCAGCUGAAUUCAACAGCAACUUAAACCGGGAACGCAUGGAAGAGAGAAGAGCAUAUUUUGACUUACAGACGCAUGUUAUCCAAGUGCCUCAAGGAAAGUACAAAGUGCUGCCCACAGACCGGACAAAGGUCAGUUCUUACCCAGUGGCGCUCAUCCCCGGACAGUUCCAGGAGUACUAUAAGAGGUACUCACCAGAUGAGCUCCGGUACUUGCCGUUAAACACAGCCCUGUAUGAGCCGCCCCUGGACCCAGAGCUUCCGGCACUAGAUAGUGACGGUGAUUCAGAUGAUGGCGAAGAUGGUCGAGGGGAUGAAAAGCGGAAAAAUAAAGGCACCUCGGACAGCUCCUCAGGCAAUGUGUCUGAAGGGGACAGCCCCCCUGACAGCCAGGAGGACGCCUUCCAGGGAAGACAGAAAUCAAAAGACAAAGUGGCCACUCCAAGAAAAGAUGGCUCCAAACGCUCUGUACUGUCCAAGUCAGUUCCUGGGUACAAGCCAAAGGUCAUUCCAAAUGCUCUAUGUGGAAUUUGUCUGAAGGGUAAGGAGUCCAACAAGAAAGGAAAGGCUGAAUCACUUAUACACUGCUCCCAGUGUGAUAACAGUGGCCACCCUUCUUGCUUGGAUAUGACCAUGGAGCUUGUUUCUAUGAUUAAGACCUACCCAUGGCAGUGUAUGGAAUGUAAGACAUGCAUUAUAUGUGGACAGCCCCACCACGAAGAAGAAAUGAUGUUCUGUGAUGUGUGUGACAGAGGUUAUCAUACUUUUUGUGUGGGCCUUGGUGCUAUUCCAUCAGGUCGCUGGAUUUGUGACUGUUGUCAGCGAGCUCCCCCAACACCCAGGAAAGUGGGCAGAAGGGGAAAAAACAGCAAAGAGGGCUAAAAAAUAGGUUUUUGACCCUCAUGUUUGGGAUAUUUGGUGCCAAUUUAUUUACAUUUUCAUUUUUAUGCCAAUAAAGAAUUUUUUUUGAAAUUAACUAUGACCUUAAACAUCUUCAAGUUGAUUUAU